UUUGCCAAUUUGCCAGUAUUUUCAGCUUUUGCUUGUAUUCUCCAUCUCUCCAUAUAGAUUUGUUCAUACCCUCUUCCUUUCUCUGGUAUGGGUAACUUUCUCGGUCUGCAGAAUCUUCAUUUCUGCAUCUUUUUGCCUGUAAUUGGUUGGGGGAUCUUCAUUGUAGCAACAAAAAUUUGAUCUUUUUCUGUUUAUUGGCAUGUUCGUGUCCAGAGAUUAAGGGGGUAGAAGAAGAAGGAUCCAUUGGAAUCUUGAGCUUUUUCUCGAGACCUUGGAUUGAGCAAAAUGUCACAGACCAACUGGGAAGCCGAUAAAAUGCUAGAUGUUUAUAUCCACGAUUACUUGAUAAAAAGGGAUCUAAAGGCCACUGCACAGGCGUUUCAAACUGAAGGGAAAGUGUCAUCUGAUCCAGUGGCCAUUGAUGCUCCUGGUGGCUUUCUCUUCGAAUGGUGGUCGGUGUUUUGGGAUAUAUUUAUCGCUAGGACAAAUGAGAAGCAUUCAGAGGUUGCUGCUUCUUACAUUGAGACUCAGAUAAUGAAAGCUAGGGAGCAACAACAGCAACAACAGCCUCAACAACUGCAAAAUCCACAGCAGCAACACCAACAGCAACAGCAGCAGCAACUGCAGAUGCAGCAGCUGUUGUUGCAGAGGCAUGCUCAGCAACAACAGCAGCAUCAGCAGCAGCAGCAGCAGCAACAACAGCAGCAGCAGUCGCAACAGCAACAGCAGCAGCAGCAGCAACAGCAACAUCAACAGCAGCAGGCAGCACAACAACAGCAACGGAGAGAUGGGGCCCAUCUUCUCAAUGGUACUGCCAAUGGGCUUGUUGGCAACGACCCUCUUUUGAGACAGAACCCUGUAACAGCUAAUGCUUUGGCUACGAAGAUGUACGAGGAAAGGUUAAAACUGCCACUUCAGAGAGAUCCUCUAGAUGAUGUGUCCAUGAAGCAAAGAUUCAGUGAGAAUGUGGGCCAGCUUUUGGAUCCGAACCAUGCUUCAAUACUGAAGUCAGCUGCUGCAGCUGGCCAGCCUUCAGGGCAAGUGCUGCAUGGUACAGCAGGUGCUAUGUCACCACAAGUUCAAUCUCGUAGCCAGCAACUUACUGUUUCUACACCAGAUAUUAAGACAGAGAUGAAUCCAGUCCUGAACCCCAGAGCAGCAGGGCCUGAAGGAUCAUUAAUUGGAAUUCCCGGAUCAAACCAAGGUGGCAACAAUCUGACUUUGAAAGGGUGGCCUCUCACAGGUUUGGAUCAGCUUCGACCUGGGCUUCUGCAGCAGCAAAAAUCGUUUAUGCAGGGUCCACAUCCCUUUAAUCAACUUCAGAUGCUGACACCUCAGCACCAGCAACAGCUUUUACUUGCGCAACAAAAUUUGACAUCCCCAUCUGCCAGUGAUGGAGAAAGCAGAAGGUUGAGAAUGCUCCUGAGCAAUCGAAGCAUGAGUCUUGGAAAGGAGGGGGGGCUUAAUUCUGUGGGUGACAUAGUUCCAAAUGUUGGGUCACCUCUACAAGCUGGUUGCUCAGUUCUGCCUCGUGGAGAUACAGAUAUGUUAAUGAAGUUGAAAAUAGCCCAGAUGCAGCAUCAGCAACAACAAAAUAGCAAUCAACAACAACAGCAGCAGCAGCAGCUUCAGCAGCAUGCUCUUUCUGGCCAACAAUCUCAGAGCUCAAACCACAAUCUCCUUCAGCAGGAUAAAAUUGUGCCUUCUGGCAGUGUUACCGCAGAUGGUAGCAUGUCGAACUCCUUUCGAGGAAAUGAUCAGGCUUCAAAAAACCAGACUGGAAGGAAAAGAAAACAGCCCGUGUCAUCUUCAGGUCCUGCAAAUAGCUCAGGAACAGCAAACACAGCAGGACCCUCCCCAAGUUCAGCUCCAUCAACGCCAUCUACUCAUACACCUGGAGAUGUGAUCUCAAUGCCUGCUUUGCCGCAUAGUGGUAGUUCAUCAAAGCCCUUGAUGAUGUUUGGCACUGAUGGUGCUGGCAAUCUUACAUCCCCAUCGAAUCAAUUGUGGGAUGAGAAAGAUAUGGUGGCGGCUGAUAUGGAUCGUUUUGUGGAGGAUGGAUCUCUUGAUGAUAAUGUUGAGUCUUUUUUAUCUCAUGAUGAUACGGACCCCAGGGAUGCAGUUGGUCGUUGUAUGGAUGUUAACAAAGGUUUCACAUUUAACGAAGUCAAUUCAGUUCGAGCUAGUACAAACAAAGUGGUCUGUUGCCACUUCUCGCCAGAUGGAAAACUGCUUGCAAGUGGUGGUCAUGAUAAAAGGGCUGUAUUGUGGUUUACGGAUACCUUAAAGCCAAAAAGUACACUUGAAGAGCAUUCUUCAAUAAUUACAGAUGUCCGUUUCAGCCCCAGCAUUGCUCGCCUUGCAACAUCUUCUUUUGACAAAACUGUGAGGGUCUGGGAUGCUGACAAUCCUGGAUAUUCACUGCGCACUUUUACUGGGCAUUCAGCAACUGUUAAGUCUCUGGACUUCCAUCCAAAUAAAGAUGACCUCAUAUGUUCUUGCGAUCGGGAUGGUGAGAUACGAUACUGGAGUAUAAACAAUGGCAGUUGUCCAAGAACUUUUAAGGGUGGCAUGAUUCAGUUGAGAUUUCAACCCCGUUUAGGAAGAUAUCUUGCUGCAGCAACUGAGAGUGUUGUAUCUAUUCUUGAUGUGGAGACACAAGCAUGUCGGCAUUCAUUGAAGGGGCAUACGAAACCUAUUGAAUCUGUUUGUUGGGAUCCAUCUGGAGAAUAUUUGGCAUCUGUCAGUGAGGACUCUGUUAGAGUUUGGUCACUAGGAUCAGGGAGUGAAGCAGAUUGUGUUCAUGAGUUAAGUAAUGGCAACAAGUACUAUUCCUGUGUUUUUCAUCCCACAUAUCCUUCAUUGCUGAUCAUUGGCUGUUACCAGUCUCUUGAGCUAUGGAACAUGGCUGAGAACAAGACAAUGACCCUUACCUCGGCGCAUGAGGGCGCGAUUGCUGGCUUGGCUGGAUCAACUGUUACCGGCUUGGUUGCCUCAAGUAGCCACGACAAGUUUGUCAAGCUCUGGAAGUGAUGUUCUUAGCCCCUCCCUCCUUGUUACAAACCUGUUUUCCCGUGUUUUGUCAGUAUCUCAUCAGGAUACUUGGUAGUCUUGUCGAUCUCAGUAUUUUUCUAUUCAUUUUUUGUGUUCUAUUUACCUCUUUUAUCUCGAGAUGAACUCUCUAUAACCCAGAACUAAGAUACUACUAACCUCUAUAGCUACUGCUGCUGCUGCUGCUGCUGAUGUUGAUGUCUUUUCGCCUGUUAAUGUGAAGCAAACCUGAUCUGGGUGGAUUGCCUGUAAUAUUAUGGACUCUGGAGUAACAUUUUUACCUAUUUCCUCA